AUGUCGUCCUCCUGGCAAUGCGAUGUAGCAAAAUGCCAGGAAGUGUUGUCUGUUUUGAGACAGGCUGAUUCUUCUGAUAGCAGUGUACAGCUGCAAGUAACUAACGCUUUGAAUUCCUUCGUAACGAAUAGCCCAGAUGCACCAUGUUACUUUGCUCUUAUAUUCUCUAAUAUGAAUAAUGAGGGGUUGGAUGUGCGUCAGAGGGCAGGACUAUUAUUAAAAAACUAUCUUGCACAAUACGGAUUACCUUCACCCGAAUAUAUAGAGUAUCUCAAGAUCACAUCAUUUACUGCAUUAAAUGACCCUCAGAGGCUAAUCAGAUCCACAGCUGGCACAAUUGUUACUACGUUUGUCAAUACAGAACAAGGAAAGCCUUUAUUAGUAGAGUCCCUCCGCCAUUUAUCUCAGCUAUUAGAUAUGGCAACCAAUGAUAGUAUUGACGGCGCAUUUGACUGCCUUAUAAAGAUUUGUGAGGAUGAGCUGGAGUCCUGUUUAGGUGAAAAUUCAGGUGUAUCGGAUCAUACACGUUCAAGAUUAAUUUCUUUUCUAGAUGCAUCACGUCAGUUAAUAUUGCCUAAACUUUUUCAAAUUUCUCAAGGAGAGCACAUAAUAUUAAGCAAAAAUGAUGUUGCAGUACAUCUUAGUUUUAAGUGUAUCACUCUAUAUGCCCAAUAUCACCUUUUUAGUUCUGGCAACACUCUUCAUGACUUAUUCACACAAUAUUGGCAGGUCAUUGGUGUUAUGGCGAAACAGGAAAACAAACAAAUCAGAUUGCUAUCUAUAGUGGGAAUUAUUACAGUAUUGGAAGAUGACCCAGAAGUAAUUCUUAAUGGAGCAGGGGUUAAUGUAAUUAUUGACUUUGUAUUAUGUUGUUGUGAAGAGAGUAAUAGCGACUCAUAUAAUCUUAGGCUGGAAAGUCUCGAGUUUUGGCCAUCUUAUCUCAGGAAUGAGAAAGGAAUAAAUAUUCUUAGACCUUUUCUGCCUAGAUUACUUAUUUGCUUACUUAAAAACUCUAUAUUUACGGACUUUGAUUACAUUGAAAUGGACCCAUCACACUUUGAGGACAAAACUGAAGAUGACCUUCAUUCAAUAGGUCCUAGGUUUCAUCAAGGACGUGCUAAUCAUAGUGAACCAAACGAAGAUGAAGUAGAGCUUGGAGCAUGGGGAAACCAAUGGACAGUGAGGAAAGCUUCAGCCCUUGCGUUGGAUCAUAUAUCAGUAAUAUAUGGUGAUGAAAUUCUAGGAGAACUAUUACCUAAGAUUGAAGCAACUCUUCAAGAUCCGAACUGGGAGAAGCAAGAGAGUGCAAUUUUAGUCUUGGGCGCUAUUGCUAGAGGAUGUAUUAAGGGAUUAUCACCAUUUCUGCCAAGAGUCUUGAGUUUUUUGGUCAAACUUACAUCUGAUUCUAAACCACUCAUCAGGAGCAUUUCAUGUUGGUGUAUCUCAAGGUUCACACCCUGGCUGGCACUUCAGCAAGGUCAACCCAUCCUUAAUAGUGCCUUUGGCGCGCUUUUAGCCAGAAUGCUUGACCCUAAUAAACGUGUUGAAGAAGCAGCCUGCUCUGCAACUGCAACAUUUAUUGAAGACUCUGCUCAAUCACUGUCUCUUUUACCUUUCCUCGACGAUAUUGUUAGCACUAUAUCUGGAGCAUUAACCGUAUAUCAAUAUAGAAAUUUACUCAUUUUAUGUGACACAAUUUCUACAUUGUGUUUUUCGAUCGGUCCCAAUGUAUUUAGCCCAGCAUUCGAAAAUAACUUAGCUCCGCUUCUUAUUACAAAAUGGAAAUCUUUUCCAAUAGACCAUCCAUGCCUUGUUGCUUCGAUGGAUGCGAUUGCAAAAAUUUUUGCAGUUGUUGGAAACAAAGCAUCUAGGUUUGCGGAUCCAGUACUGGAGCAUUGUAUUCAAAGUAUUUUAUUGUCAACUCUGAAUAAUUUAAAGAAUCCUGAAGAAGUUUCAUAUUCAGUACCUGAUACUGCUGAAUGUGCUUUGGAUUUGAUUAGCUCUGUUGUAGAAGCAGUGAGAGCACCAGCUAUUCCUGUAUUAAAAAGAUGUGGGUUUUCCAACUAUAUUCUCAUAUUUUGCCAAGAUGAAAGUUUUCCAAACAUAAAACAGAGUGCCUUCGCUUGUAUAGGAGACAUAGCCAAAUUUGGAGGAGACAAUUUAGAUAUCUUAAAGCCCUCAUUAACUACAUUUUUACAACUUCUCGUGAUCAAUCUUUCCAGUCCUAAUAUUGGUAUAGCUAAUAACGCUGCUUGGGCAAUAGGAGAAAUUGUAAUGUACGGAAAUUUUCCAGAGAUUUUCACCAUUAUCGAGCCUCUUUUAGAGCAUAUCAUUGACGUACUAAUCUCCAGAAUAGCUAACUCAUCUGCACAUAUAAUAGAUAACCUUGCUAUCAAUGCAUGUAUUACCAUUGGUAGAGUUGCUGUGGUGGCACCUACAAAGGUUGGAGGUAGGCUCGGUGUGUUUGCAGAACGUUUCUUUUUGGUGCUUACUAGUGUUCGUAACGAUCAGGAGAAGAUGAGUGCAGUUCAGGGAAUUUGUUUUGCUAUUCAGACAAACCCAACUUCAUUAAAUGCGUCUAGUAUCAACUCUCUUCUUGAUUUAUUGAAUUCUAUGCAGCCAGCUUUGGACUCAAAGUCGAGCUUUUCGGAGAAUAUUCUUCCUGUUUUACGAAGCACACUAAAAUCCAUUUACCUGAGUUUUGCUGAUAAAGAUACGUUCCUACGGGUUGUUAACUCGCACAACAGCUAUGUUCAGAGUCUAGUAACAUCAUUUUUGAGUAGCUAA